AAUUGUCCAUCACACUUCAGUCCUUUCCAGACAGCCUGUCAUUAGCAAUGGAGAACAACCAAUCCUGGAUCGCAGAAUUCAUCCUGGUGGGAUUUCAGCUCAGGGAAGAGAUGGAAUUGCUUCUCUUCGUUAUCUUCUUCCUACUAUAUAUCUUCAACCUGCUGGCAAAUGGCAUGAUCUUAGGGCUCAUUUGCCUCGACCCCAGACUGCACUCCCCCAUGUAUUACUUCCUUUUUCAUCUGGCCAUCACUGACAUAUCCUAUGCUUCCAGCAAUUUGCCAAAUAUGCUGGAAAACCUAGUGAAACACAAAAAAACGAUCCCUUUUGUCUCAUGCACUCUGCAGAUGCUUUUCUAUUUGGCUUUUGGUUCUGUUGAGUGCCUGAUCUUGGUGGUGAUGUCCUAUGACAGGUACAUGGCGAUCUGCCAUCCCCUCCAGUACACUGUCAUCAUGAACUGGAGAGUAUGCACGGUCCUGGCUAUUGCUUCCUGGGCAUGUGGGUUUUUCCUGGCUCUAGUCCAAGUAAGUCUCUUCCUAAGGUUGCCCUUCUGUGGGCCACAGAAAGUGAACCACUUCUUCUGUGAAAUCCAAUCUGUCCUCAAAGUGACCUGUGGUGAAACCUGGAUCAAUGAAAUUUUCCUCUUUGCCGAUAGUGUGUUCAUAUUAGUUGGGCCCCUUUCCCUGGUGCUGGUCUCCUAUGUGCGCAUACUCUGGAGUGUCCUGAAGAUCCAGUCAAAGGAGGGCCGCAAGAAAGCCUUUUCCACCUGCUCUUCCCACCUCUGCGUGGUUGGGUUCUACUUUGGCAUAGUCAUGAUGGUUUACUUGGUCCCAGACAAUAGUCAACAAGAGGAACAGCAGAAAAUCCUUUUCCUGUUUUAUACCUUCUUCAACCCAUUGCUGAACCCCCUCGUCUACAGUCUAAGGAAUGCUCAAGUGAAGUCUGCCUUCCACAGAAUGUUGCAGAAAAAUUGGACACUAUGACAAAGGGAGGAAUUAGAGAUUAGCAGAUUUUCCCCCCCUAAAACUCAAGAACAUUUCCCAACAUAAUACAUGACUUUGUGAAUUACUUAAGAGUAACAUCAACAACUUGGCAGAAUAGGAGUUCCCAAGUCCCCCUUUCUCCAUGGAGAUGACUUAAUAUAAGUUAAAUUGCCUUUGUGAGAACAACAGAAGUCAGGUAAGAGGUCACAGCAUCCCAGGCUAGCACCAAAACAGGAAGAGAUACAGUAAAGCUUUUAGUUAAAUUAUUGGCAUUUUUCCUGCCUUAGUCAGCUUGCCUCCCUUAGACACCUUGCCUCCCUGACCCAGUGUGUUAUGAUAAAGAGAAAGUUCCCAACUCCCAGCUCUCCUCCAAGAAAAAGAGAGAAGAUUGGACCAUGCAUACUGCUUUCUAGCUUUUCCAGUGGUGGGGGAGCCUGUGGGCUUAUUUGCUGUAAAUGCCUGACUCAGAGCACUGACGGGAAUGGUACUUUGGACUCCUUGUUGGGGCCACUAAGAAAUGUGGCAUGCACACAACUUUGUGCAGUGAUAUGGAAAUAUUUUGGAUUUUUGUAAUUCUACUAGAUAUACUGUGGUUUCUCAUUCUUGAUUUAAUAGAAGAUUUUCUAAUGACAUGUGAUGUUGAUUGUGUUUGCAAGUGCUUCCUUGCCAUCUUUAUAUCUUUUUUGAUGGGUUGUCACUUUCCAUCUCUUGCUCAUUUUUUGUAAUAAACUAUUUUUAUAGCAAUUUUAGAUUCGAGUUAUAGAUUCGAUUUAUAGCAAAAUCGAGUGGAAGGUACAGAGAUAACCUCUGCUUUUAUACAUGCAUCACCUACCCAUUAUCAGAGUAGCACAUUCAUUUUUAUACAUAAACCUGCUUUAGCACAUUAUUCUCACCCAGUCCAUACUGUACAUUAGGGUUCACUCAUAGCAUUGUAUACUGUGUGUGUGUAAUUCCACCAUUAUAUUAUCAGAGUGUUUUCAUUGCCCUAAAAAAAUCACCUUUUUCUUCCUCCCUCACACUAAUCCUUGGCAACAACUGUUUUCUUAAUUGCCUCCAUAGUUUUGGUUUUUCAGAAUGUCACAUAGUUGGAAUUAUAAAGUAAGUAGUUUUUUUCACAUUGGGUCUCUUCACUCAGUUAUCUGCACUUUAGUUUCUUCUAUGCCUUUUUUUUUUGACAGCUUAUUUGUCUUUAGUGCAGAAUACUAUUCCAUUUGUCUGGAUGCACCACAGUUUAUUUAUACAUUUAUCUAUAAAAAGUACAUUUUGA